AAAUCAAACGUUUGUAUGCUGUGAAGCGAAUCAGUCAGAGACAGAAGCUAGAGGUAGCUUGUAGACGCUGAAGCUGAUGAAUCUGAAACAGCACAAUGCUUUGACGUCUUGUAGGUUUUACAGCCAGUGUUUUUGUGAUCUUGUAUUUUGAUAUGAUAUUAACGCAACCAUGGAAAGGAACCUCUGGGUUUCAACUCUAAUCAUUUUACUCCACUUGACACUUUACAUAUCAGCGGAUAUGAUACCAGGAAAUGUCACUGUUCACAUAUGGGAGGGAAAUGUAACUAUAACCUGGGACCAUCCUCAGGAAAACCCUGGGGAUUACCUUUAUCAAGUACAACUGCUUCAUUAUCCUGAUUCUAGUCAAGUCUGGUCCAAUGUGUCCCACUGUAAUCUUCUUAAAACCACCGUAUGCAACAUUGGAAAUCUUUCUGUGGAUUCAAAUUACAGAGUGCGAGUUGGAGCACUCUCAACUCAAAACAAAAUUUACUGGAGUUAUAAACGGCAUAUUAAUAUUCGGCGCAGUCAGCUGAUUGCCCCAACGUUCACCUUGUCAUCCACCUCAUACUCUGUGCGAGUCAAAAUAUACAGGAAAAAGAUACUUAAUGAGAUCUUUACCAAUGGUGUGCAAUACACCACGUACCUGUGGCCAGCUGGACAGGAACAUCAGACAUUGACCAAGAGUGAUGAUGAUGAUGAUGAUGGUGAGGGUGAGAUAAAGUUCACCUCAUUACAGCCGUUACAAGUGUACUGUGUGCUUGUGAAGGUGGAAAGUAUAGCCAGUGAUGCUAGCAACACCUCUUCUGUACACUGCAUAAAGCUGCCAAUAGAUUGGACACUGAUUAUUUGCCUCAUUUUACUCGGACUGUUGGGCAUGGUGGGUUUUCUAAUGCUCUGUAUUUGUUUCCUGAGGCGACCCCAGAAAAUGCCCACUGCUUUGAAACUUGUAAGUAUAUGGAAGCCCAUGACCAUUGAAUCUGUCCAAGUGGAGACCGUGACAGAGAAGGGAUGGAUAAUCAUCAUCAACAAAACAGACACAAAGAAGAACAUUGAAUUUAUUGAGGAAGACAUAGAGAGGAGAGGAAGCCUUGACAGUGGAGUAAGCAUAGAACAGCCGCUAUUGUCUGUCACCAAUACUAAGACAGAGAUACAAAAUGGUGAUGUACAAGUGGACAGUGGUUGUGAAAGUCUGGAGGGAACUGAAGGCAGUGGAACCACAAGACAGUUCUCCAUAAAUGAAAUACGCUGCAGUGGAACAAAUGAGGGAAGAGAGGAUAGUGGAUUAGGACUGGGCCGUCAUGAAGGUUCUGGUUCUCUAGAAGGGGAAGACACUGGACUGUUGUCCAAGGUAAAUGUUGGAGUUGGAUAUCGAAGUCAAAGUCCCUCAAGUGUGGAUGCUCUGAAUGACAUGGACUCAAACAUAGCUGCUCCAUCAGCUGGAUACAGGUCUGGUCAGGUGAAUUGUAUGUGUUCAGCUCAUGAAUGCUGCAUAUGGUGCAAAUCUAAGAAUACUUUCACUGAAGACUGUCAAACAGUAACACAGUCACAGACAGACUCUAGACAAAUUAAUGAUGGGAACUCUGUGAGUUCUGGCUACUCGAAAAAUAGUUUAAUGCAAACAGUUAGCCUUUUAAAUAUAGAAGACCCAAUGACAAAGCCUGUGCUGUCAGAUAAUAACUGUGCUGAUUCUCUGAUCUGUCCACUACUUCUGCAAAAUGAACAGAAACAAGAUGAUGCAAUGGACAGGAGAUCUUUCACACUUGAUAACAUGGAACUUACAUUUUCCUCAACUGCUUGCUGGUGACCUUUGCUUGAGAAAAGUAAAAACUGACUGGGAAUAUGACCUUUAACUCAGCUACGUACUCAGGGUACUCUGAGAAAUGGACUAGUAUUAUUUUCAAACAGACCUUUCAUUGCAUAAAUUGUACUUUUAGAUCAUUAAAUCAUUGACUCUUAUCAUCUGUUUGGGAUGGGGUCAAAGCCAGUUUGCAGAGAUGGAAGGACAGACAGACGGAAGAUGCUAUUCCUACAAAAUACAAAAAGGCAAAAGAAAAAUAUAAACAUCAGCCAUUUGCUAUUCUUGAUUCAACUGUGAAGCAUGUUUUUCUGAAUGUUUGAAAUGUUCCACAGUGCAGUAAAAGGACAAUUUAUGCCUU